CUACAUGCAACCACUCUUUCUAUCAAAGGCAGUGAAUUAGCAAUGAGUAAUACAAUGAUUCUAGGGCGGUGUACUAGGGGUGGCCGGCGCGGCCGGGAGUUACGUUAGUUAACUACAACUUUGUCAUUAUGACUAAUUGCCCUCCAUUUGAUGACAAAUGAUGACGCUGAAUGCCGUACUGCAUAACCGAGACAAAUAACCACAGGGCAGAGUAAAAGCGAUUUAGAAAAAUUUGGAGUCAACCCAUCUAAAGUGUCAAGCAAAGAUGGUAGGCAUCAUGAGAGCCAUUGGUAUCCAAGGGGGCAAAGGAAGUGCCGAUGCUUUGUUCGUUGACCAGAUCCCAAUACCGAAGCCCAGUCCUGGGCAGGCUUUGGUCAAGAUCAAGGCAUUCGGGCUGAACAGAAUGGACUUGCUUCAACGCGAAGGAAAAUAUCCUCUUCCUCCGCAAGCUCCUAGCACCAUGGGGGUCGAAUUUUCCGGGGUGAUAGAGGAACUUGGUGAGAAUACAAGCAAUGGCUUUCAAAUCGGCGACAGUGUUUUUGGCCUAGCCUAUGGCGGGGCCUAUGCGGAAUACAUCUCCGUGUCGACCAAGAUGUUGAUACACAAACCCUCGGGGUUGACAUGGGAGGAGGCUGCAGGAAUACCAGAGACCUGGAUAACUGCAAGCCAGGCGCUCUAUCUGAUUGGCGAAUUCAGCGCUGGAAAGUCCGUUCUUUGGCAUGCAGGGGCUUCAUCCGUAUCAAUUUCCGGGAUCCAACUUGCGAAGAUCGACAAAGCAUCUGCUGUCUAUGUGACUGCAGGUUCGCAAGAAAAAAUUGACUUCUGCGUACGUGAACUAGGGGCUACUGCUGGGUAUAAUUACAAGAGUCAAGACUGGGCCUCCGAGAUACUGAAAGAAACGAAUGGUCGUGGAGUCGACAUUAUCGUCGAUUUUGUGGGCGCCGCACAUUAUCAAGGUAAUCUUGACGUGGCCGCACGGGAUGCACGUAUUGUCCAACUAGGACAGAUGAGUGGUUCUGUCCUCCCUGCCAAUACUGACAUCAGUGGAAUCCUGAGGAAGAGAUUGAGGUUCGAAGGCAGCACUCUUCGCAGCAGGGAUGAAGAUUAUCAGGGAAGACUACGUGAUCUUCUGGUGGACCAUGCUUUACCCAAAUUCAACGAUCAAACGUUCAAGGUCUUUAUCGAGAAGGUUUUCGCAUUUGAAGAAAUCGCGGAUGCCCAUAGGUUGCUGGAGAGCAAUCAAACCAAGGGAAAACUAAUAUGCACGAUUAAUUGAAUGCAAACUAGCCCGGUUGAGAAGCCAACCACCGACUUGAAGGUGGAAGCGGAGACGGUCGGCGUACAUACAAGCAAAUCAACAACGACAUCACUACGAAGGCAGCCAUGGUAGAGAACGCAGGUUUAGUGUAGGCAUAAAGUAGUGGCGGAACGUAUCCCAAUGGAUGCCCGCAAGUUUUGUAGAUUCUUAAAGACGCCCUGAUCCGGUGAUUUUCUUCUUUUCGAGUGCUGGUUUUUUCUGAGCCUCCUUGAUUCGAC